AUGCAUCAACAUUUCGACAAUCUCGAAGGUGUUGAAACGGAUAUUGACGACAUCCUUAUUCACGGAACGACAGAAGAAGAGCAUGAUCGACGCCUCGAAUCAGUCUUAGAAAGAUGUGAGAAGAUCAAUCUAACCUUAAACAAAGAGAAAUGUGAAUUCAAAUCCAGAGAAAUCACAUAUGUCGGACACAAACUGACAGAAAAUGGCGUUAAACCUGAUGAAGCGAAAGUUAAAGCUAUUAAUGAAAUGGAAGCACCAACAGACAAGAAAGGUGUGGAGAGACUGCUUGGAACUGUGAACUAUUUGGGAAAAUUAAUUCCAAAUUUAGCAACCCUUACCAAACCAAUCAGAUCGUUGCUGAAGAAAGAGAUCGAAUUCCAGUGGUCUUUCGAGCAACAGAAAGCAUUUCAGGAUAUUAAGGACACUCUCGCCAAAGAUGAAGAUCCAGUAUUAAAGUUUCCUGAUGUAUCGAAGCCGGUCACAAUUAGUUGUGAUGCGUCACCUACAGGUUUGGGGGCAGUUUUGUUGCAGGAUGGUUACCCAGUGGCGUACGCGUCAAGGUCGUUGACAGAAACCGAAUCAAGGUACGCCCAAAUAGAAAAAGAACUUCUGGCUGUGCAAUUCAGUCUUGAUCGUUUUCAUCAAUAUGUGUACGGAAAGGAAGUUAUUGUGGAGUCAGAUCAUAAACCUCUGGAGAUGAUAGCAAAGAAAUCGCUGGCAUUAGCUCCUCCUCGUUUGCAGAGAUUACUUCUGAGAAUACAGAAGUACAGCUACACUAUCGUCUACAAAUCAGCUAAAGAAAUGGCAUUGCCAGAUAUGUUGUCAAGAGCUCCAUUACUCGAAACUGACGAGGAAAUGGAAAAAGAGAAUAAUCUGCACGUACAUCUCGUAAGUUCAACCCUACCAGCUUCAGAAUUCAAAUUACAAGAAAUUAGAGAAGCAACAAAGAGCGACGAAGAACUAAGAACAUUAUUGAAUAUCAUUCAGAACGGAUGGCCAGAUCAGAGAGAGAGCGUACCGUUGUCAGUCCUACCCUAUUGGAACAUUCGCGAUGAAUUGUCGGUGAUAGAUGGAAUCAUCUUGAAAGGCGACCGUAUUGUCGUACCAUUAGCAAUGAGAAAGGAAAUGCUACAAAGAAUACAUCAUGGUCACAUGGGGAUCGAGAAAUCGAAGCGAAGAGCUCGGGAUGCUCUUUAUUGGCCUUUGAUGAGCAAGCAGACAGCUGAAAUGGUAUCGAAGUGCACCGUAUGUCUUGAGCACAGAAAGGAGAAUACCAAAGAGCCUAUGAUACCUUUCAGAGUACCAACCAUACCUUGGGGAGUGGUGGCAACAGAUUUAUUUAGUUUGGACAACUCGGACUAUCUACUUAUUGUUGACUAUCUUUCCAGAUACUUUGAAGUUGUUAAGUUACCAGACACAAAGAGUUCAACGGUUAUCACGUACACCAAGUCGAUAUUCUCUCGACAUGGUAUUCCUGCAGAAGUCGUAAGUGAUAAUGGGCCACAAUAUUCAUCUAGAGAAUUUCAAGCAUUCGCAGAAAGCUGGGAAUUCAAGCAUACGACAGUUAGUCCUCUUAACCCACAAGCCAAUGGUUUAGCAGAAAGGACUGUACAAACUAUCAAAGAUCUUUUAGUUAAAUCGAAGAAAGAUCAACGAGAUCCAUAUUUAAGUUUAUUGGAAUAUCGAAACACUCCUAUCGAUGAUGUGGGAAGUCCAGCGCAGUUACUGAUGAAUAGACGUUUGCGUUCAAGAAUUCCUCAAACGAUAUCGCAGUUGAAGCCCCGUGUUCCAGAUCCUGUUGAAGUAAAGAAAAAAUUGAAUCUCAAGCAGCAGAAACAGAAAUUCUAUUAUGAUCGUCAUUCAAAAUCCCUUACUAAGUUACACGAAGGAGAUAGAAUUAGAGUAAGAAUGAAAGGUUCAUGGAAACCAGGUGUUGUCACUCGUGAAGAACAAACACCGAGAUCGUAUCGUGUUCAGACUGAUGAUGGUGGUGAAUAUAGGAGAAAUAGAAGAAUGGUUCUGAAGUCUGUAGAACCUGAUCCUGUAGCAGAGGACAUGUUUAGUGAUGAAAUUCCUUCAACAAGAAUUCGAAGUAUACCCUCCCCUGAAAAUGUUGAAGCACUAGUCAUUCCUGAUGAAACCCAAUCUCAAUCGAGUAGAAUCCCAGAAAUUAUCCCUCCAUCUACAGAAGUUAGAACAACAUCGAGAGGAAGAAUAAUAAAGAGACCAUCAAUAUUUAAUGAUUUCAUAAUGAAGUAA